GAUAGACGACUUUUGCGAAAAUCCCACGCGGGAUGCAUUAACGGAAGGUCUCAUGAGUCUGCUGAAACCUACGGUGGAUCAACUGGAUGAUAGAAUUCGCUCUACAAGAAUAUGUCAAAUUGAGCUGAAACAACGGAUUGAAUCCUUAACAGAAGAACUUCAGAGGAUCAACGAAGCGUUGCAGUAUCCACUGGACACAGACUCCUAUGUAAAGAAACUUGUUAACGCUAAGCAUAAGAUUACUAUUGUUAGCAAUGUUUUGCAAACCACCCAGGAGCGUUUAAAUAAGGUGCAUCAAGCUGUCGAGAAAAGUACUGCCAAACGAAAGACACUCUUAGAUAAUAGUUCCUCAUAUAGCAGCACAACUAGCGAAGCGGGCAAAGACGAACCAGCUAAAGCAGAGACUGAUAAACAACAAUAAUUUCUUAUAUUACAUGUUUGAUCGAUAUGAUAUUAUGACCAAAUUGUUACUACAAGAUUAUUUAUAAGUUUUAUAUAUAUAAGAAUUUGUUACAUUUUUUCUUAUAAAUUAUGGAGACUCCAGUAGUUAAAUUGUCCGAUGAGGAACUUAAAACAGUUUAUGAGCCUUCUGAGGAUUCGUAUCUUUUAAUAGAUACUUUGGAAGCGGAUUUGAAUAUUCUGCAUGCGAUGAAACCAAGAAUUUGUUUAGAGAUAGGUAGCGGCUCUGGCAUAGUCAUUACAGCUUUGGCAAUGGCACUAAAGAAACAUAACGUUCACUUUAUUGCAAUUGAUAUUAAUCCUGAUGCAUGUAGGGCCACGAGAAGAACUAGUCUACUUAAUUCAGUCGACGUAGAUGUUGUUCAAAUGAAUUUAUUAGAUUGUAUACAAGCUGAACGUACAUUUGACAUCGUUUUGUUUAAUCCCCCAUAUGUAGUCACAGAAUAUGCAGAAGUGUUAGACGACAGACUUGUAUUUAAGACUUGGGCAGGUGGUAAAAAUGGUAGACAGGUUAUGGAACAGGUAUUUGUUAUUAUUCCUGAAAUUCUGUCAGAUGCAGGAUUGUUUUAUUUAGUCGUUAUCAAGGAAAACGAUCCUGAAUAUAUUAUGAGUGCAUUUAAAAAGUUAAAUAUGUCCGGUAAAAUUGUUCAUGAACGAAAAGUAAGAGGAGAGCACUUGUACGUUUUACGUUUUCGUAAAAUCAAGGAGAUGAGAAGUUAACAUCAGGGUAUAACAUCCAUAGGACAUUUUAUAAAAGUUUUUAAUUCUAUGAAAAGAAAAAAGAUGUUAUGGGUCAUGUCCUAGGUCUAAUUAAUAUUUAUCAUGAUAAAGAUAAGUGAAAUGAAUUAUAUUUACUUGAAUCAUGUUACCUUGCACUUUUCGUAGAUAACUGUGACACCAUUUAUAUAAUUUAUAAACCAUUGAUGUGUACUAUAUAAUUGCAAUUAAUACAGGCAUAAUUACAGGUA